GGUAUAAGGGCGGGCGGCCGCCGCCAUCUUUCUCUCGGCAGCCCGCAGCCAUGGGUCACCAGCAGCUCUACUGGAGCCACCCCAGGAAGUUCGGGCAGGGCUCUCGCUCUUGCCGCGUGUGCUCCAACCGCCACGGCCUCAUCCGCAAGUACGGGCUCAACAUGUGCCGGCAGUGCUUCCGCCAGUACGCCAAGGACAUCGGCUUCAUCAAGCUGGACUGAGCGCCGGGAGGAUGAGGCGACAGCCAGGAGCUCCGGGGGCUUCCCAGGGCCUCCCUGACACAUCUGCAGCGUCUCGGCUCAGUUUUAUUUAAUAAAUGGUUUCCUAACCCAGCUGA